AUGGUCGAGCAGCAGCAAUACCUGGUGUCUGUACUUUCUCCAGCAGACCCUCAUUCCGAAGAUACAUCCAGCCUGUCAGACAACAGGUCUUCCACAUCGAGCUAUCCAGACCUGGGCCCCUACUCUGCGGUUUCAACUUUUACACUCCCUACUCAGUGCGAACCUGACCUCUUGACGCCUAUUUCCGUCGCAGACUCACCGCCUCUGCAUCAAAUGCCCAAAUUAAUGGGCCAAUAUCCUCCCCCUCCCGGAAGCCCUCACGGUCAGGAACCAAACCCUCCGGGCAGCUCCAAGAUGUACCACCAGUGGAACCAUCACCAGUUCGAGAUGAAUAGCCACCCCAGUGAGACCAGCUCUCCAAUGCACACGCCAGCCCACGUGGCGCAGGACUUCUACAUGGCGGACAGACGGACUCCUGGGCCUCCAGAGCCUUAUAUGGGGAGCUUUGGCGUUUCCGAUGCCACACAUCCACAAUCUUUGUCGCAAUCCGGCUCUCCCUACUAUCUGGACAUGCCUCAUAUUCCGAGCCAGAGUACCAUGCUUCUCCGAGGCAAUCCGCCCAUUCCCAUGGAGCCGCAUGCGCGAGAACUGGACCGCAAUAUCUCGCUCACCGCGCCGCUUCUACACGAGCUCCCAAGAAAUCCACAAAUCCGCCGCGCUCGCCGCCCAAGCUCCAACAAUGUGGGACUCAAGGCAGAGCACCCGACCACCGACGCACUGCGCUCCCCAAGUGACUCGCCUCGCAGGCGCCCAGGAAUCAUUGGUGCCAGCAACCGUGUGAAAAAGACUGGCCGUAGAAAGUCGACUGUAAACUCACAGCCAGAUCCGGCCGAGGAACACCAAAAUUGCCAUGGUGAGGAAGUACCACCUACUCUCAAAGACACUUGCCCUGUUGAAGAGCGCUGCAUCUUUGAAUCUCGCUGGCGUCACCGCAACAAGAGAGGUCAGGAUAUGUGGGACAGUAUUCAAAAUGACUUUUUCAAAGAGUUUAACAAGAGCCACGGCAAGGAAAUGCUCCAGAUGAAGUUUAAACGUGCUCGCUCGAAGUACAUCCAGUGGCUACCUCGGGACGAAGAAAUUCUUCGUGAAGCUUGGAGAAAAAUCGAGCAGGAACGUUACAAGAUGAUUCUCGAUGUUUUUCUCGAAAAAGGCGGCUCCCGCAACAUGCGCCUGAAUCCUAGCGACAUUGAAGUCAAGCUUGUUAAUGACCUGAAGCUCGAAGAGCACCUGUACAUGGACUGUUUUCGCGAGAUUGAUGUGAGACGCCGUAGGAAGCUAUCUACCAAGAAGCGUACCGGCAGCGGCGGCCGCAGAGAUGAAGACGGAGUGCCCAUGGGGGGCGACAACAUGGUGGGCGUCGACGCGCACCACCAGCAUACCCACGACGAAGACGAUGUGAUCAACCAAGUUCACAACCCCAGAUCUCGCUGGGAGGGAUUGUCUGCAAGCUCGGGGGAAAUGAUGGACAUGCAGAUGUGGGACAGCAGACCUCCCAUGAAGCUGGAGCCUCCAGCGCCGUCACACAGAAUGCUGACCGGCGUUCCACGUGGCUGCUACCAGGGAAACGUUACUCCGGGUGCAUGUGUUUGA